AUGAAGAAGGAUGCGCUGUACGCCGUGGGACGCGACCUGGGCGGCGCCAGCGUGUGGGCUCUCGACGCCGACGACUGGGCCGGGCGCUGUUUCAACAUCGAGUACCCGCUCCUCACCAACAUCCUCCGAGUCAUCCACUACGACAGAUACCUCGACUUCGCGCUGAUAAAGCGACUCGCGGCGAGCAUGGUGUGGACAUCGGCACCAAGCCACGAGGACCUCAUCACCACGAUGCAGACAGCACUGCUGCAGAGACAUCACAAGCGAGGCGUGUUCCUGGACUUCACUUGCGCCCGAGGACAGAUGGUGCUGCAGGAGGGCUGCAGGCAGGAGCUGCUGGGAGCCGGCCUGCUCUGGCUGGUGCUGGCCGAGGGAGACAUCGAGCGGGUCCCGGAGCUGAACCUCAGCGUGGACAGCGAGGUGACGUGGGCUUUGGGAGGCCGCCUGUACGACCUGCACGGGCUGGACGGCAGCCGCCCCGCCGUCGUCACACCCGCGGGUCGCUGGGGCCCGUCGUCAGGCGUGCAGUGCCGGCUGGCGGGCUGCGAGCACGGCUGGAGGAGGGACCUGCAGGGCCUGGUGCUCAGGGCUGGCAUCCUGAUGAACCACAUUCCCGACGGCGACUUGGCUUCCCAACUGACGCUGCCGGAGUUCAGGGAGAAAGAACCGCUGGCCACGUUCAGCUACGCCAUAUUCCAGUUUCUCAUGCAGCAGUUCAACUUCACCGUGGAGCUGCUGCCGACCUCGGCCCACGGGUACGUGGUGGACUCGGGUCGCCUGGAGGGCCUGGUGCGCAUGAUGGCCGAGGGCCGCGUGGACCUGCACGUGACGGCGCUGCAGAUCAACCGCGCGCGCCUGCGCCACAUGGACUUCACCGGCCACACCUGGAAGUUCAGCAUAUUCAGGCACCCGCCGGUGACGGGCGGGCCGCGCUUCCUGCUGCUGCCCUUCGCCGGCGACCUGUGGCUCGCCCUGGCGGGCACGUGCGCCCUCGCGGCCGGCACCGUGCAGCUCGCGUCCCGGGCGCGCGCGUGCCCGCUCCGCAUGGGCCUCGGCGACACCCUGCUCAUGGUCGUCGGCUGCGUCGGCCUGCAAGGGUUCCCCGGCGACGGCCGCCUGGCCAGCUGGCGCAUCGCCUUCCUGUCGCUGCUGCUGCUGACGCUGCUGUCGUACGCCUCGUACUCGGCCAGCAUCGUGUCGGCGCUGCUGUCGGAGGUGCCGCGCUCCGUGGACACCCCUGGCCGCCUGCUCGACAGCCAGCUGCAGUUCGGCGUCGAGGACUCGCCCUACAAGCUCUACUUCCAGUCUGGGGAGGCGGACGCGGUGGCCCGCCGACUGCACGCGAGGAAUGCCCCCGGACCGGACCUCCCCCUGGCCGCCGGGGUGCAGAAGGUGCUGCGCGAGCAGUUCGCCUUCCACGCCGAGGACUGGCGGCUGUACGGCGCCGUGCGCGCCUCCUUCCCCGAGCAGAAGAAGUGCAGCCUGGCCGAGGUGCAGCUGUUCCCGCCGCAGCCGUGCUACGUGGCCGUGCGCAAGCGCUCGCCCUUCAAGGAGCUCGUCACGCGCGGGGUGGCGGAGGCCGGCCUGCUGGACCACCACAGCAGGGUCUGGAGGCCGCCGAGGCCCACGUGUCUGUCGUCGUCGGAGGUGGCCACGGUCGGCCUUCAGGGCCUCACCCCUGCGUUCGCCCUGCUGCUGUCGGGGGCGCUGCUGUCUCUGGGCCUGCUGCUCCUGGAGGCGGCGCGCUGCAACAGGUGA